AUGGUUCAUCCUGCUGCAACCUGCAACAAGCUUUCCAUGUUAAAUGUUUGUCUUCUGUAUUUAAGCAAGGAGAAAGCAAGGAGAAAGCCAGGAGAAAGCAAGGAGAAAGCAAGGAGAAAGCCAGGAGAACACAAGGAGAAAGCAAGGAGAACACAAGGAGAACACAAGGAGAACACAAGGAGAAAGCAAGGAGAAAGCAAGGAGAAAGCAAAGAGAAAGCCAGGAGAAAGCAAGGAGAAAGCCAGGAGAAAGCAUGGAGAAAGCCAGGAGAAAGCAUGGAGAAAGCCAGGAGAACACAAGGAGAACACAAGGAGAAAGCCAGGAGAAAGCAAAGAGAAAGCCAGGAGAAAGCAAGGAGAAAGCCAGGAGAAAGCAAGGAGAAAGCCAGGAGAACACAAGGAGAACACAAGGAGAAAGCAAGGAGAAAGCAAGGAGAAAGCCAAGAGAAAGCAAGGAGAAAGCCAGGAGAACACAAGGAGAAAGCCAGGAGAAAGCAAAGAGAAAGCCAGGAGAAAGCAAGGAGAAAGCCAGGAGAAAGCAUGGAGAAAGCUGGAAGAAAGCUGGGAGAAAGCCAGGAGAACACAAGGAGAAAGCCAGGAGAAAGCAAAGAGAAAGCAUGGAGAAGGCUGGGAGAAAACAAGGAGAAAGCCAGGAGAACACAAGGAGAAAGCACAGAGAAAGCAAGGAGAGAACAUGGAGAAAGAAAGGAGAAAGCCAGGAGAAAGCAAGGAGAAAGCACGGAGAAAGCAAGGAGAAAGCAAGGAGAGAGCACAGAGAAAGCAAGGAGAAAGCAAGAAGAAAGCAAGGGGCAAGUCAGGAGAAAGCAAGAAGAAAGAAAGGAGCAAGUCAGGAGAAAGCCAGGAGAAAGCACAGAGAAAGCAAGGAGAGAACAUGAAGAAAGAAAGGAGAAAGCCAGGAGAAAGCAAGGAGAAAGCCAGGAGAAAGCAAGGAGAAAGCAAGGAGAGAGCACAGAGAAAGCAAGGAGAAAGCAAGAAGAAAGCAAGGAGCAAGUCAGGAGAAAGCAAGAAGAAAGAAAGGAGCAAGUCAGGAGAAAGCCAGGAGAAAGCAAGGAGAAAGAGCAUUUGUGCUUUAUGAUUUUGUGCUAUCUUGCCCUUCGGUGUCGGUCUGUUGCUGGCGACUCUAUGCUGUUCAUACCAAAGAUAACUGAUUGAGUGAUAAGAGUAAGACAUAGUUACUCCUUUUUUAUGUAUAUUUUUCUCUUGUUCACAUAGUGUCUCUGUAAUUCAGCUGCACAUGUAG